AUGAGGCAGAUGAACAAUGUAACAGAAUUCAUUUUUCUGGGGCUCUCUCCCAAACAAGAAGUUCAGAGAGUUUGCUUUGUGGUAUUUCUGCUCAUGUAUGCAGCUAUAGUGCUGGGAAAUUCUCUCAUCGUGUUAACCAUCAAAGCCAGCAAAAGCCUUGGCUCCCCUAUGUACUUCUUCCUCAGCCAUCUGUCCUUUGUGGAGAUCUGUUAUUCCUCCACCACAUCCCCCAAACUCAUUGUGGAUUUACUUUCUGAGAGGAAAGUCAUCUCCCUCGAGGGCUGUAUCACACAGCUCUUCUUUAUCCAUUUCUUUGGUGGCAUUGAGAUCUUCCUGCUCACAGUUAUGGCCUAUGACAGAUGUGUGGCCAUAUGUAAACCUCUACACUACAUGACAAUCAUGAGCCAGCAGACGUGUGGCCUCCUAUUGGGGAUUGCCUGGAUGGGCGGCUUCCUACACUCAAUUGCCCAAAUUCUCCUCAUGUUCCGCUUACCCUUCUGUGGUCCCAAUGUGAUUGACCACUAUUUCUGUGACCUGCUCCCUCUGCUGGAACUUGCCUGCACAGAUACUUUAUUCAUAGGCCAGCUCAUCGUGGUUAAUGGUGGAAGCCUUUCAGUGAUUAGUUUCGGGGUUCUCAUGGCCUCUUAUGUUGUAAUCUUGCUACACUUGAGGGGGCACAGCAAGGAGGGACGCCAAAAGGCCCUCUCUACCUGUGCUUCACACAUUACUGUAGUGGUCUUAUUCUUCGGGCCCUGUAUUUUCAUCUAUAUGCGACCCUCCACCACAUUUUCUAUGGACAAACUGGUGGCUGUAUUCUACACAGUGAUCACUCCACUCCUGAACCCAGUCAUCUACUCCUUAAGAAAUGCUGAAGUGAAGAAUGCCAUGAAGAAACUCUGGGUCAGGGCAUUGAAGCAAAGUGAGAAAUGA